GUCAAUUUUUAGCGCUUCCCGUGAAAAGUUUGGCUCGAAGUGUGCGAGAAGGUGGAGAUUGGAAAAAAGACGAAGCAAUCAGUCAGCGAUUAUCUGACGUGAAAACGCUUUUCCGCAUCGAAAAACGAAGAGCUUCUUUCCAGCUGUAGCUGUAAAAUCUGUUGAACAUUCUGUUGUUUCGUGGAACGAGUAAAUAUUACGCUGAAAUCGGUAGUUCAUUGUAGGCCUUCGUUGGACGAGUGACGGAAUUCCCACGGCGUGUGUGUGUGCAUCCCUUCGCAUUUGUUCCGUCAGUGCGUGCCUACGUUUGUGUGUUUGUGCGAGGUGCGCGUGAGUCGCCCCCGUGCUAGAAGUGAAAAAGAGGCACCCAAGUGAGCAAGCCAAGCUCCUCCAUAAACCAUCAUCAUCCUUGUUUUAUUUGCGGCAACCAGUAGCCGUUUGUUUUUUGGUGUAAACCGUCUACAGCACCCGCUUCACCCAUGAUGCAUAUAGUGCAAAUCCUCGAGAAGACCGUCUCGCCAGAUCAGGAUGAGUUGCUUGCGGCGAAAAACUUCCUGGAACAGGCGGCCUCUACCAACUUGGCAGACUUUCUGCGGGCGCUGUCCGAUGUGCUGGUGUACCCAGGCAACUCGACGGUCGCCCGUAUGGCGGCCGGUUUGCAGCUAAAGAACCACCUGACGAGCAAAGAUCAAACGAUCAAGCAACAGUAUCAAGACCGCUGGCGAGCAUUUCCCGAGGAUGUCAAAGAGUAUAUUCGAAAAAAUAUUCUCGGAACACUCGGUACGGAAGAAUCGCGCCCUUCGUCAGCUGCUCAGUGCGUUGCGUACGUUGCCGUGGCAGAUCUGCCCGUUCACCAGUGGCCCGACCUGAUGCAAAAGCUCGUGGACAAUGUGGUGAACGAAAAAUCGACGGAAGCGCUGCGUGAAUCGACCUUGGAAGCGAUCGGAUACAUUUGCCAGGACAUCAACUCGGAAAUUCUGGAACACCAGUCAAACCAGAUCCUUACCGCCAUCAUACACGGUAUGCGCAAGUCGGAACCCUCCAACCACGUCCGGUUGGCGGCAACGAAUGCGCUCCACAAUUCGCUUGAAUUCACAAAGGCCAACUUUGAGGAGACGGCGGAGCGGAACUAUAUCAUGGAGGUGGUGUGUGAGGCGACGCAAUCGACCGAUACGCAGAUCUGUGUGGCUGCGCUUCAGUGUCUGGUGCGCAUUCUGACCCUCUACUAUCAGCACAUGGAGGCGUACAUGGCGCAGGCCCUCUUCCCGAUCACGCUCGAGGCGAUGAAGUCGGAGAACGAACAGAUCGCGUUGCAGGGCAUCGAGUUCUGGUCGAACGUCAGCGACGAGGAGAUUGAUCUAGCGAUCGAGGCCCAGGAGGCGUCCGAGACGGGUCGUUUGCCGAACCGCGUCUCGAAGUACUAUGCCCGUGGUGCCCUGCAGUAUCUGGUGCCCGUGCUGAUGGAGAAACUGACCCAUCAGGAGGAGUUCGACGACGAGGACGACUGGAAUCCGGCUAAAUCGGCAGGCGUGUGCUUAAUGCUGCUCGCCACGUGCUGCGGCGAAGAGAUCGUGCCGCACGUAUUGCCGUUCGUGAACGCGAACAUCAAAUCGACAAACUGGCGCUUCCGGGAUGCGGCCGUGAUGGUGUUCGGUUCGAUACUGAGCGCUCUCGAGACGGAUCGAUUGAAACCGAUGCUCGAACAGGCAAUGCCGACGCUAAUUGAGCUGAUGUACGAUGAGAGUGUCAUCGUGCGCGACACGUGCGCCUGGACAUUCGGACGCAUCUGUGAGGUCAUCCCGGAGGUGGCGAUCAAGGAGGUGUAUCUGGAGCCGCUGCUGAAGGCGCUUCUCAACGGUCUGAAGGCGGAACCGCGCGUAGCCACCAAUGUUUGCUGGGCGUUCACCGGUCUGUCCGAUGCUGCCUACGAGGCUGUCAACAUCGAGGAUGAUCCGCCACAGACGUACUGUCUGUCGAAGUACUUCGAUUUCAUCAUCACGAGCCUGCUGGAAGCAACCGACCGACCGGAUGGUGGUCAGGGCAAUCUGCGCUCCUCCGCUUACGAAGCGCUGAUGGAGAUGGUGAAAAACUCGCCGCAAGAUUGCUACGUUUCGGUGCAGCGCACGACCAUGGUGAUUCUGGAGCGCAUCAAUCACGUGCUGCAGAUGGAAUCGCACAUUUCCUCGCACAGUGAUCGGCAUCAAUUCAACGACUUGCAGUCGCUGCUGUGCGCCUCGCUCCAGUCAGUGCUGCGCAAGGUAGACGCCAAGGAUGCACCGCAAAUUUCGGACGCCAUCAUGGUCGCACUGCUGACGAUGUUCAGUUCCAGCUCGGGCAAAGUGUGCGGCGUCCAAGAGGAUGCGUUGAUGGCCGUCUCGACGCUGGUGGACCUGCUCGGUGAAGAGUUCAUCAAGUAUAUGGAUGCGUUCAAGGAAUAUCUGUACAUGGGCCUCAAGAGCCACCAGGAGUAUCAGGUGUGCUGUACGGCAGUUGGCCUGGCCGGAGACAUUUGCCGAGGCUUAAAGAGUAAGAUCCUGCCCUACUGUGACGACAUCAUGACGCUCUUGCUGCAGAACCUAAGCAACCCGAACCUUCACCGCAGUGUCAAGCCGCAAAUCUUAACCGUUUUCGGUGACAUGGCGCUUGGCAUUGGACCAGACUUCAAGAAGUAUCUGAACGUUGUGCUGCCGAUGCUUGCCGCAGCCACCCAGGUACAGAUCGAUCAACACGACUACGACAUGAUUGAUUAUUUGAACGAGCUGCGCGAAAGCGUGCUGGAAGCGUACACUGGCAUUGUGCAGGGUCUGAAGGGCUCGGACAAGCAGCCAUUGGAAGACGUUAACGCACUCCUGCCACACGUUCCGUUCAUCGUCAGCUAUAUCGUCUCGAUCGCGAAAGACUCGGAGCUUUCGGACGGCAACAUUGCGAUUGCGGCCGGACUCAUCGGUGAUAUGUGUGGUGCGUUCGGGCCCAUGAUGUUGCAGUUUGUUGAAGAUCCGAGCAUUACCGAGUUGUUGAACGAUGGCAAAAACUCACGCACAAACCGCACGAAAACACUUGCCGGCUGGGCCAUGCGGGAGAUCAAGAGGGUGAAGAAUUUGCCGGUGAACUCGAGUUGGAAAUAGUGAUAUCAAAGUUCCCGAACGUUAUGUGGUGCCAUUUUUUUGCGGGUAUGAACGGACAACCCGCUCUCCCUCUCUUCGUUGUAUAUGCGAAACCAUGGGAAGGAGAGAAGCGUUUAUCCUGAGUAGUGUUUGAAUGUUAUAUUUUUAAUGCAUAAUAUGUAUCGAUCCAACUCUGUUGUUUGAUACUCUGACGUCAUCGUCACCGGCAUCGAUCACAUACAAACGCAAGUCUUCUCGAUGCUGGCUAAACCGAUCAGUAGAAAAUGUCUUCAAGAUUCGGACUCAGCAUUAAUGGUAACACAAUUAGCUACGCCAACAGUAGCGGGGCUACACCAACCACCACCGUUCCUGCAACAUAAAUUGUACUCGCUCUCAACCUGUAUAGAUACUUUUACUACAAUCGUCACACCCAGCACCAAGCGGCGCUACAUUGUUGCUUUUUUUUUGCGACUGCAGAUGAAGCCAACACAAAAUUAGCGUUACGUAGAGAAAAUUUUACUGCUCACCUUGGACACACAUCGGUUAUAGUAGCAACAUCUCAGAUGCAAUCGCAGAUCUAGACGCCCAAAGGAGACGCGCCUUCCAUCACAAAACAACCAUCCGACGGAAAGGGGAACACAACACCAUGCAAUUUCCAAAAUCCAUAGUAACGCUGGGAAAAUUAGCUGAAAUACAUACUUCGCGCAGACAUGACGUGUGCAAAUUCUGCUGGACAGGGCAAAGCACAGUUAUCGAAGUGUGACCGAUGCCACUACCGUCCAUCUGGUUCAUGGUUAUGCAAAUUCAACAGCAUCUAUUCAUCGGAUUCUUCAACCUCCUCUCCCAACAUCUAAAAUCGAACACCAGCUGCUCACAAGCACAUCGAACGUCCUCAAGUAAGUCCCCUAUUCUUGAAUGAAAUAGAAACAAUUUCUAGAUGUAUGUCUCUCAGUGCAGGAAUUCUAUCGAUUAAAUUAAAUUAUCUUUAAAAGAGCUUAUACGAUUAAGAGAUGAAGCACACACAACCGCUCUACACAUAUACAUUAACACACUAGUUUGAACACAUUUUUGUUAUCGCGUUUGUUCUGAUGUAUUGUUAUUUUUUUACCAUUAAUGAACACACAUAAACAAUUCCAAAACCGAAUCCCGUUAAAUACCUGUUCUAAUUGCCUUCUUGAUUCCCAUGAUCUAUCCCAGCGGAACUAAGCUUUCGUAGUUUUGCUGUAAUUUGCUAGGUGUGGGUAGUGUUCAUGGCUUACGUUCAUGAUCACAAGCCAAGCACACACAUACAGAUUCGAAUUACCAUCUGCCGCUUGUGAUCAAUCGGAUGCAGGUGGGCAUCGAACGAUUGCGAUUGUAAGAGUAAAAAUCGUGAUUAUUAAAACACAACACCCUCCUUGACAGCUAGUAGUAGUAAACCACAUUUGGUUAGGAACUUCAGAAAAAGAAAACAGAAAGUUAGUUCGCACCUGCUGCACCUAAGUAGAUAAAUAGAUGAGCAAUAGAGCAAUAAUGGGAUGUAGGUUACACUUUCACAAUUAUAUUUAUGUGCAGCUGAAAUCAGAAACGGAACCAGAAAGUUUACGAAUCGAUAACGAGAUCCAUGCAUCAUCCAUUCAAAUAUUACUGAGGGUGGUAUACACAUAGAGGCUCUUGAAAUCUGUAGGAUGUUGCACUAUCGCUCUAGGUUGGGAUAGGUAGCUGGUCUUAAUACAGGCGUAUAGCGAGUCAAUACUACACAAUACAACGUGUGUGCCAUAGUGAAAGAAAGCAUCAUUAAACAGAGGAAAGAAACAACAGGGACUGAAGCGAAUAGGAGUAGUAGUGUAGCGAUAACAACAGAAGGCAAGAAAAACACAAACUUUCACCGUGGGCACACGUCGUUUAGUUUGCUUUAAGCUAAGUUUUCUUUUUCUUGUUUUUAUUUUCUCAUCCUUAUGCAUCCUCUCCUUAAUCAAACAAUCUGACCGAGUGAAGUUCCGCGCAGUUGGUUUUUGUAAAAACAGUUGGAAAAUGGGACACAUUGCAUAUCCUUAGAACCGCUCCUCCUCCCUUCCAUACACCUGUGACACAGGACGUGAAACUGUUUGUCAUACAAAAUUUAGAAACUUUUAUGCUCAAAAAGCGUGGAACGCUCCCGUUCUCGUUUGCGCUGACUACAUAUUUCUGCGUUUAUCGGAUUGAUUUUACACCAUAAAUUCUUUUUUCCCCGUUUUCCUCUCCAUCUGUUCUAUGGUUAUAAUUUUGCCCUUUCCAUUCCAUUCUGUACUGUGCGGAAUAAUUACGAUGAUGAAUCUUUGAUCCCACACUAUAUCCGGAGUUUGCGAAGCAGAUUGCCAAGCGACAUAAUAGUUACUACACAACAGUAUAGGGAAUGAGUAAACCAAUUAUCAGAUACCAUUACACUCGUAGUAUGUAGCUCAAGAAAAGACAAAAAAAACAAAAAAAGUACGGUAAAGUCAUGCGAAUUUAGUAAUGGUGUGGUUGGUGUGUGUGCGCGAUCUAUGCUGUAUGUGGAAUAGAUAGGUGCUGAGUGUGUGUAUGCGUAUGAUGGUGUAUGUGCUGAGUGUGCAUGAUGAAAAAAAUUAAUGAAAAAAUGAGGAUGUAAAUGGAGAAAGUAGCGUGCGAGAACGAGAGGCCGAGAUACAGAGAAAGAAAGAAAGAAAAAAAUAGAGAGAGAGAGAGAGAGAGAGAGAGAGAGAGAGAGAGAGAGAGAGAGAGA